UGUCUGAAGAAAAUAAACAAAAUAGGUGAAAUUAUGGGGGCAAAAUAAAAUUCAGAAUUAUUAUGGUGGUGAAAUGUCCAAAUUGGUGGGUAACUUUUGCAAUUUUAAAUAAUCAUUUUCCUAUUUGGCUUCAUCACAUAUAAAUACAAAGCCUCCUAUUCCAUAGGGUUUUCGGACCAAAAGCAUUUCCAAAGAGGGUUUAAGGCAACGGCGCUCUCUCAGUCUCACUCCGUCUCUUAAGGCUCACUCUCCGUCUCAGUUUCACGAUGUGGGACGAUUGUUAUGAAGGUAAGUCUCUGUUGAGCCCUGAAUCCACCUCUAAGCUUUGUUUGUCCAUCACUCAUGUCUUCCAAAAUUGGCUCGAAUCUCUCCCUGAAGAAAUCAUACCCACCAUCCUGAUCAGACUACCCAUCAAAUCUUUGAUCAGAUUCUCCUCUGUCUGCAAGUCUUGGAGGUCCAUCAUCAAAGACCCAAGCUUUAUCCGCACCCACCUCACCCACACUCUCAGUCUCAAUGACCAAAAUGCCACCCACCUCAUUCUCCUCCACAAUUAUGGGUCCAAAGAAGACUCUUACUCUUUGCACUAUGAUAAGAAUGAAGUCAGUCAGUACUGCAACAUUGAAUAUCCAAUUGGUCUUAAGAACAAAAUGAAGAAUUCGUGUUGUCGUGUUGUGGGUACUUGUGAUGGGCUCGUUUUGCUUGCUGAUGAUUUAGGGAAUGAAGUUUACAACUUUGUUAUAUGGAACCCUAGUAUAAGAAAGUAUGUGAUCCUUCCUAAGCCCAGUGUUAGGUUUUCGACACACGGUAACUAUGAGGCUAACAUUGGUCUGGGUUAUGAUGCUAUUGGUAAUGAUUAUAAGCUUGUGAGGGUGACAUCUCUUGUGGAUCAACCUGAUCAUUACCCAAGGACUUUAGUUCAGUAUUAUUCACUAGCCACAGGCUCUUGGGGCAUGCUUCGUCUUCUCCCUCCAUGUUUAGUGAAUAGCUCCCGGGUCCAGGUUUUAGUCAAUGGGGCACUGCACUGGCUGGCUAUCUGUUGGACGAAUGAUCAUCAAAUAAAGUAUGUGGUUAUGGCAUUUGAUGUGGGAGGUCAGCCAUUUCGAGAGAUAAUGCUACCUGAGAGCCUCCAACUGGAUGAGUUAUUGGAGUUCAGGUUGGGUGUUUCGGGAGAUAGAAAAUCCAUUGGUCUGUUUGUGAGGUGCAAGAGUGAGACUAAUUGUUUUCUUGAUAUAUGGGUAAUGAAGGAGUAUUGCGUUGAGAAGUCGUGGACCAAAUUGAUGAUUCUCACUCCACAAGGUCCAAAUAGAAGUUUACCCAAAGCAUUGUGUUUUAGGAGGAGCGGGGAAGUGGUGUUGAUACUUGAAGAUGACCAUGAAUUGGUUUCAAUUGAGAUUGUGAGCAAACAGUUUAAAAAUCUUGGGAUUUCUGCAGGUCAGGUUUGUUUUGUUGACUCGUAUGAAGAGAGCCUACUCUUGCUUGACAGGAAGGAUGCAAUUUCUUACUGAGGGGAAAGAAGAGGUGGGAUAUAAGUUUAAUGAGUUUCAAGUCUGCUCUCUGUAGCUGUGAAGUGCGAUAAAACUGCCAUCCUGAAGUCACUAUCUACUUUCUUUUAAUGUCUGUUGCUUAGUUUAUCCUGAUGGUAUUUGCCUAUACUGUGAAAUUGAUAUCCUUACUUAUGAUGGAUGUUAAUUAUAUAUUUUGUUAUAUGGCUAUGAAGAACCGUUUUAGUGUGCUGCAUAUGUGCGUCGAUGUUUAUUUUUCAUGUUAUAUAUAGACGUUGCCAUA